AUGACAUACUACCGACAGACUUGGACUUUGGGGACUUUCGUCUGCAAGACAGCGGAUUGGUUUCAGCACUCGUGCCUGGUGGCCAAAUCGCUGGUCCUUGCAGCCUCGACCAACGCUAGACAUAACUUUGUUACAAGCACGUCUAAAAGCGACUUGUUUAAUACGACUAAAGUGUACGGAGCUCUGGUGUUCAUACUGAUGGCGUCCAUGAGCUUUCCAAUACCCCAAGUGAUGUUUGUUUCUUUAAAACCAUAUGGAGACAUCGACCUUUGCGUCUAUGACAUGCCGAUCUGCGCCUCCGACUUCAUGAACGUCUUCAACAAGAUCUACCCAACUGCUACUUUUGUUAUUCCGAUCUUUUUCAGUCUUGCAUUCUACACCAGAGCCUUGCGCAACACCAAGUCCACAAUGAACCACGCAGCCAGUCCGCAACUCCAGACAAAGGCUAUCCCUCUGAUGCUCUGUGUCAGCGGCGCCAACGCUUUCAUGCUCUUGCCGGAAUGGGGAACAUGGACAUGGAUCAAGCUUGGAGACGUUAAACCGCCUGUUGGUCUGGUCAUUUUUGCACAGGUGUUCCUGUAUGCAUGUAGCGCUCUUUCCCCAAUCAUCUUCCUGAGCAUAUACGACGAUGUGCGUCAGGGCCUGGCUGCCCUGUGGCGUUUUCUAACUUGCAGAACCUCCAAACACAUCGCCCUAAGCCAAGGUCCUAAAGCGGAGGGCAACGGAUCAGAGACAGGACCGAUGGUUAUUAACUCUGCGCUGGAGCUGGAAAGGGCAUCCUCGUCCGCGAGGCCAGAAGUUGUCGACGGUACGGGAAAGACCUUUCCGGAUGUGGCACUUUUUUGGACCGAGCGCAGGAACACUGCAGUGGAGGAGGAUCAGGAUGACCCGGUUCCCUGGGAACGAGAGGAGAAAUACAAUCAGUAG